CUCUGAGGGGAUCGGCGCUAUGGCGCCGGCCUCCAGCUCCCGCAGCCCGGAGGAUAACUCGAGUUCCAGGCGACGGCGUCAUGGAGGUAACAGUGGCGGGCCGUCGGCCUCAGUAUCUGGAGGCGGCGGCCACCGAAGCUCCUCCGAGAGCCCCCCGCCCUCAAAAACUGUCCGCUCGCCGCGGUGCCGCUCUCGUUCUCGUUCCCGGGAGCGCAACGGCUUCCGGCAGCCUUCGUCCUUCUCGGAGCCUGGAGGCUCAGGCCGCAGCCGCCGCAGCCCCAGUCGAGCCCACGGCCGCGAGCGAGAGCGGCUUCCUGAACUGCGCGGCUCCUCAUCCUCAUCUUCCGCCCACUAUCACCACCACCACCACUACCAUCACCAUGGGGGCGACCGGCAGUGGCCCGACUACUACGAGAAAGAGAAGGAGGAGAGCCUGCGCCAGAGAAGGUUAAAUGAGCGGGAGCGGAUUGGGGAACUCGGAGCCCCGGAAGUCUGGGGUCUUUCCCCCAAGAUCCCUGAGCCCGAUUCAGAUGAACACACUCCUGUAGAGGAGGAAGAGGCAAAGUCUAAGAAAAGUGCCUCAAGUUCCAGUUCUGAAGAAGAAAAGAAGAAGAGGAAGAAGAAAGUGAGUCGCUCCAAAGAAAACGCGCAGAGGAAAAGAAAGAAAAAAACGUCCAAAAAAAAGCAUAAAAAAUAUUCUGAGGAUAGUGACAGUGACUCUGAUUCUGACUCUGAUUCUAGCAGUGAAGAAGAGAGGAAAAAGGCAAAGAAAGCCAAGAAAAAAAGGAAAAAGAAACACAAAGUGAAAAGGUCCAAGAAGAAGAAAUAUAAAAAAGAAUCUGAGUCAAGCUCUGAUGUCUCUGAUGAAGAGUUCCCAGAAGAUGAUCUCUGGAUUGAGAGAUCAAAGAAUGCAGAAGCUAUGGACUUAAUUGGGCCAGAAGCACCAGUGACACAUGCUUCUCAAGAUGAUAGACCUUUGAACUAUGGGCAUGCUCUUUUGCCAGGGGAAGGUGCAGCUAUGGCCGAGUAUGUCAAAGCUGGGAAGCGCAUCCCUCGAAGAGGAGAAAUUGGCCUGACCAGUGAAGAGAUUGCAUCGUUUGAAUGUUCAGGCUAUGUAAUGAGUGGUAGUAGACACCGAAGAAUGGAAGCUGUUCGACUUCGAAAAGAAAACCAGAUCUACAGUGCUGAUGAAAAGAGAGCUCUAGCAUCCUUUAACCAAGAAGAGAGAAGGAAGAGAGAAAACAAGAUUCUAGCGAGUUUCCGAGAAAUGGUGUAUAGAAAGACAAAGGGGAAAGACGAUAAAUAAGGACUUUAUUAGUUGUGCAAACAAAAUAUUGAGAAAAUAUCUUUACAACCAUAUCUUUUUUUUUCUAUUGAAAUAUAAACAAAAUUUACAAUG